GUAAAAACCACAAUUUCAAAAGACAACUACCACCACAAGUACCCUUAAUCUCCCUUUCAACUCCCCGCGCUUUAUCUUCUUCUUCUUCAUCAACAAUGGCUUCCAAAAUCUCUGUUUCGCCUUUCUGGAACCUUCCAAUUUCCACUCAAAAAACUCGAUUUUACACUCAAUUUCCUCUUUUACAACAGUUUCCGUCUUCUUCUAGAUUUAACUCAUCGAAGCUCAAAUCAAAUUCUUACAAAUUUAUACCAGUUUCAGCUGCUGUGACUGAAGAAUCCCAAACUUCUCCUCCGGCAUCGUCGUCUCCUGCAUCGUCUUCCAAAUUAGUUCUUGUUGUUGGUGGAUCCGGUGGCGUUGGACAGAUAGUUGUAGCAUCAUUACUCAAUCGAAAUGUCAAACUGCGUCUCAUUCUUCGAGACCCUGAGAAAGCAACUACUCUAUUUGGCGAGCAGGAUGAGGAAAAGCUGCAGGUAUGGAAAGGUGACACUCGGAGUCCUACAGGCAUAGAUCCAUCUGUAUUUGAGGGUGUAACUCAUGUUAUUUGCUGCACCGGGACCACUGCUUUUCCGUCUAGGCGGUGGGAUGGAGAUAACACUCCAGAAAGAGUAGAUUGGGAUGGUGUGAGAAACCUUGUUUCAGCAUUGCCUAAGUCACUAAAAAGAAUUGUUCUUGUUUCAUCUAUUGGCGUCACAAAGUUCAAUGAGUUGCCUUGGAGCAUCAUGAACCUUUUUGGUGUUCUAAAGUAUAAGAAGAUGGGGGAGGAUUUUGUUCGCAAUUCUGGUCUUCCGUUCACCAUAAUCAGAGCUGGUAGAUUAACAGAUGGACCAUACACAUCAUAUGAUUUGAACACACUGUUACAAGCUACAGCUGGCGAACGGCGUGCAGUUUUGAUAGGUCAAGGGGAUAAACUAGUUGGAGAAGUUAGUAGGCUUGUUGUUGCAGAAGCUUGCAUACAGGCAUUGGACAUAGACUUCACAGAAGGACAAACUUAUGAAGUAAACUCUAUUCCGGGUGAUGGACCAGGAACAGAUACACUGAAGUGGCAGGAGCUAUUUAAAGCUUCUCACAGCAGUUAACUGCAGUUCAACUAUACUUCUUAUACAGUUUAUCAGAGGAAGCUUUCUAUUUAUCUAUACGCAUACACUGAACUGUGAGAGUAUUUGUAAGUAGUAGAUAGAGUACAGUAAGAACGAACCUACAGUCUAAAGAUCGAUGAUCCUUGUUGCUGCUAUCUGGUUCGAUCAUGUAAAAAGUAUACAACAAUGUAUGUAUUUUGUAAGUUUUUUAUAAAUUUUUUUGUGAAACUUUAUAAGAUCUCUCAGAUAAAUGUGUUGUAUGUAU